UGUUUUCAGUUUGAAAAACAAAUGAACCAUGCAAAUUCUGACUGUGGUGUGUUUGGGACUUGUCUUGAGUAGAUCGUUGUCGGAGGCUGAACUUGGAGUGAUCGGCGACAUAAGCGACGAAACCUUCGAGAUGUUGAUAUCUGGAGGGUAUAAGCCAAAGAGCAACCGACUGUCCCGUCACGUGGUCUCGAUCCGCACCCACAACUAUGUGAGGCACCGGGGAGACAAUCACUUCUGCAGCGGAGUCCUGGUGAGCAGUCGAGCGGUCCUCACAGCCGCCCACUGUCUAACGGAUCGGUACAAGGCCUCGAUGAAUCCACGGGGCAUUCGGGUGGUCUUCGCACAUAUAACUCGACUGGCGGACUACGAGGAUGCCGACACAAGAGCCGUCGAUCGUCUGGUGGUCCAUCCGGAGUACGAGCGCUACAAGAAGAACGACCUGGCCGUCCUCAGACUAGCCGAACGCAUCCCGAGCUCCAACCACGACGUUCUGCCGCUGCUCUUGCGCAAAAUGGCCAAUGUGACCUAUGGCGAUACAUGUGUGACCCUUGGCUGGGGGCAGGUGUAUCAGCACGGCCCUUACUCGGAUGAACUACUUUACUUGGACGUUAUUUUAAGACCGCCAUCGCUGUGCCAAAAGCACGACGGUUCCUUUACGUCGGAUCAUUAUGUUUGCACGGAGCCCGUGGGCGAGGGAGAGACCUGCGCCGGAGACAUGGGCGGACCACUACUUUGCAAUGGGGCUCUGCUCGGACUCAUUGGCGGACAUCAGGGAUGUGCGGGCGGCAAGGCAAUGAAGUUCGUGAGCUUUCUUUACUACAAGGAUUGGAUAACAACCACUAUCAAAUCCCUUUCCGAUUGUGGUUUUAGGGUUUCCAUUAGUAGCGUUUUUCUUACUCCCUUCCUACUGAUUCUCGUUAAUUGACAUAACUAUUAUGAAAAAAUACC